ACAAACAUACCGCGACGCUUUUGGUAUUUACACGAGAGCUUCUCCGCUGCAUGUGUUUGUUUCGGAGUCCACCUCGACCUCCACCCGGUCUGCUCCAGACAGAGCGCAGUCAUGGCGCCCUUGUCUUCACCCCUGGCGUCUCUGCUGAAGCACAAGGACCUUCUGCAGAAGGCUUCUCUGUUCUGUAAUGUAUUACAGAGUUUACACCACCCGCCAUUCACAUCUCUCCUAUGGAAACGGAAUUUCGGUGCAGUUACGCAUGGAGUCGGUCAACUACUGUCACACCAACCAAGAAGCAAAAACUACGCAGCAUGUGUUUGUAGCAGCUCUGCAGACGGGCAGGACCUGACCGAGAGGCUCAGAUCUGUUUACAAUGAAACCAAAAGGCAGACUGAAGGUCUUAUCCCGGCCAUUUCUACCAAUGCAGUCAACCCUGACACCAUUUUUGCCAACAAUGAGAUGAGCCUCCGAGACACAGAGGUCUAUGGCUUUGACUAUGACUACACCCUGGCUUUCUACUCCAGGAACCUCCACACCCUCAUCUUCAACAUAGCGCGGGAUAUUCUCAUCACUAACCUCAGGUACCCAGAGGGUCUGCGAGACUAUGAGUAUAUUCCUAAUUUUGCUGUAAGAGGACUUCACUAUGACGUGCAGAAGGCACUGCUGAUGAAGAUAGAUGCGUUUCACUACAUCCAGUUGGGAACUGUGUACAGAGGUCUGGAUCCAGUUCCGGAUGAGGAAGUGAUUGCCAUGUAUGAAGGUUGCCAUGUACCUCUAGAGAACAUGAGUGACUUCUAUGGCAAGAGCUCCCAUGGCCACACCAUGAAGCAGUUCAUGGACAUUUUCUCCCUGCCUGAGAUGACCCUGCUGUCCUGUGUCAACGACUUCUUCAUGAGGCACAAUAUCGACUAUGAGCCAGUGCAUCUCUACAAAGACGUAAAGGAAGCCAUUAGAGAUGUUCACGUCAAAGGCAUUAUGUACCGCGCAGUGGAAGCAGAUAUCGGGAAAUACAUUUGCUACGGUGAGCAGAGCCACGCUGUGCUGAAGAAGCUGGCAGAACAUGGAAAAAAGAUGUUCCUCAUUACCAACAGCCCAUUUGACUUUGUGGAUCGAGGAAUGAACUACAUCGUAGGGAAGGACUGGCAAGACCUGUUUGAUAUUGUGAUCGUCCAGGCCGACAAACCGGGUUUCUUUAACGACAGGAGGAAACCUUUCAGACGAGUGACAGACAAAGGUGCACUGCUGUGGGACAGAAUUCACAAGUUGGAGAAGGGGAAGAUCUACAAACAGGGAAACCUGUAUGAGUUCCUGAGACUCACCGGCUGGAGAGGAUCCAAAGUGCUCUACUUUGGUGAUCACAUCUACAGUGACUUGGCAGAUCUGACGCUGAAACAUGGCUGGAGGACAGGCGCCAUCAUCCCUGAGCUGAGGAAGGAGAUUAAGAUCAUGAACACAGAGCAGUACGUGCACAUGAUGGCCUGGUUACAAGCUCUGACUGGACUAAUUGAACAGAUGCAGGUACACAGGGAUCCAGCAUCUCAAGCUGUCGUGAAGGAGUGGAUCCAAGAGAGAGAAGACAUGAGAUCCCAGACGAAGGACAUCUUCAACGCUCAGUUCGGGAGUCUCUUCCGGACGUACCACAACCCCACGUACUUCUCACGCCGCCUCUCACGCUUCGCUGACAUCUACAUGCCCUCCAUCAGCUGCCUGCUCAACUAUGACUUCCAGCACACCUUCUUCCCUCGCCGCACUCCCCUGCAGCACGAGUCCCCUUUCUGGCCUGAGCACAGUCCUUCUGGUGUUCCCCAACCAGCUCAGCGGGACUAAAGCAGGGUCCGAUUAGAGAGAAGAGAGGGAGACAGAAUUUCAAAAGUAAAGGGUCAUCUCCGCUGCUGAUCUAAUUCUAAGACAAAUACAUUAUUAGGUUUUUAAAUAUUGCAUUUUAGAUGCCACACAUGUACAAUUUGAAAGGAUCACGGUAAUAUUUAAUGAGCUUUAAACUAGAUAGUUAGGAAUUUCCUCUCAAACCGUUCAGGAGGAGCAGUGGAUGUAGUGUUCUCAUUUUAAACAAGGUCAACAUGUUUUUCUACAUUUUAAUCGCACAGAAUUUAAGACAUUGAAUGCACUGAAUGUUUUAGGUUUACUUCAUUUACCCAGUUUAAACAAUAGGGGGCAGUCAUACAUCAUAUUUAUCAAGGAUCUCUGCAGUAUCAAUUAUUCGCUUUCGAAUUACCUUUGUUUUUAUGCUCUUUUCAUCUGUCGAACUGCAAGAGACUGUCAGUGAAAUAUUCAAAUUAGACGUUACAUUACACACUCUGUUGCCUUACUCUCUUUUUUCACAUACAAUGUCUUCAUUUUUGUAACAGUCACAUGUACUCUAUGGUUAUCAAUCUUUUCAAAUGUUGCACCUUAGUUCAUUUCAUUUUGAGCUGCCGUUGUGACAUGCUGCACAUUUAGGUUCAGAUAUCUUUGUGUUUGAUGUCUGAACUAGUUUCCCUCACCACAGCCUGUAUGUCUCAUUUUAGCAAGUGCUGAGACAUGUUCAUAUUUUCUGGAAGAAAUGGAUAAUUAUUGCUAUAUUUAGCACAAUAAUUGCUAUUAGAUCUGUUAAGGCAUCAUUGAGUUUCGUGUGUUUGACACUUCUGCAGAAGGGAAAUGUUUUCACACGCGCUGGGAUGAAUGCAUGAGAAGAAUACAUUUGAUAAUUAUCUGGAAAAGGGAAUUUUGAGUACCAGAUACCAACUGACCUCAUGGUUUAUUUUUGUUUCUGUAGUUAAAAAUAUGUGUUAAUGAAGUGUAUUUUUAUUCACUAUUUAUUAAAAUAGAAAUGAAUUAAUGAA